UUAUUUUUCUUCGAUUCGAUUGCGAAAAAAAUGCAUCCAGAUAAUGAUUAUGUUGUUGAUCGACCUGAUGAUGGACAACAACAACAAGAAUCUAUAUCAACUAUUCCUUUGAAUUGGUUACAAACGAAUCAAUGGAAUUUAGAACAAUGUUUACAAUGGAAAUUAUCAAUUGAAAAUGAUUUAAUAAAAUUAGAAAAAUUACGUUGUUCAACGAAUGAAUUCGAUGAUUCUACCGUUCAACAGAUACGUUUUUUAGAGAAUAAACUGGUUCGAAAUUUUGUCAAACUGAUUCUAGCUCGAAGACAUUGGUCAAAAUGGAAUGAAUCCGUUGAUGAAUUACAAAAUUUUUCAUUAGUAUCGAAUUGGUUCGAUGCAAUCGGUUUGGAUUAUAAAUGCAAAGAGAUACUUUUGGAUCAUUAUGAAGAUAUUGAAGAAUUAUUAAAUGCUGAUGAUGAAGAAUUGAAAAUUUUAUUGAUGCGUGGAUUUCAUUUGAAAUUGGAUGAAUUAGAUUUUGAUGACGAUAAUCUUGAUGAUAAUGGUUACAACCACAACGAUGAUGAUGAUGAUCUUAAAUAUUCAUAUGGUCGUCUAUAUCGACAACAGCAGCAACAACCAAAAUCGAAUGGAUCGAUAACGGAUCUCGAGGAUAAUGAUCGUAUUGAUGAUGAUCAAGAUGAAGAAUCUACCAUUAAACAUGAUUUACGAAUGUAUAUUCGUGAUUAUAUCCUUCGGGUUUGGAAAGCACAUCAUUCAUUAAAUCGAUGUUUAGAUUUAGUAAAAAAUUUUAAUGAAUUAUCAUCCAACGAUCUGAGCCUGUAUUGGGAUUCAUGGAAUCAUUGGAUUCAACGAAUAUCAACUAUCGAUAAUCGAAAACAAUCAUUACUUUCAGCCAUUGCAAUGUUAAAAAAAUCCAAACAUUCACCAAAACCAUUACCACCGUUACCGGAUUUGAAGGCAAAUUUUUUCCUCAGAAAUUAUCGUCUAAAUGGACAGGAUUCAAGAUCAACUGGUUCAAGUCCAUUAUCACCACCCGUUCCACCAUUAUCAGCUGGAAAUUUUAGUCAUCGAUCAACAUCAUCAUCAUCAUCAUCAAUAAUACAAUCAGGAUUUCAUAAUCUGAAUUUGAUUAUCGAUCCAAAUCAUAUUCCUUAUUCAAAUUCACAACAACAGCAACAACAAUCUUCAGGCAAUUCUUAUCUACAACAUCGACGUCCUACACCACCACCAACACCUCCUGUUAAUCAUUAUCAUCAACAACAAACAAAAAAGUCUUUCAUUUUACUAUCGUCGGCUAAUCUUUUUUCAAAUGUAUCAUCAUCAUCAAAUCGUAAUUCGAAUGAUAGAAAAUUUCCAACAACACCACCACCAAUACGUCGUCAUCAAACAAAUAUUUUCGGUAUUGGUGAAAAUUUCCCAUUAACUAAAAGUAAAUCACAUGAAGAACAUCUAUCGAAUCGUAUUGAACAAUUUGAUCCAAUGAUAAAUAGUAAAUUAUUGAAAAAAUAUAACCUGGUUCCAAUACAAUCCAGUGGUGGUAAAUCACAAAAAUCUUUCAGUAAUCAAUUUCAACAACAACAUCAUUAUCCUCAACAAAAUCAUUCAAAUUAUCAACAACAUUAUCAUCAUCAAACAUCGAAUAAUAAACAUAAUUCAUUGGAUAAUUUACCACCAAUGCCAUCAACGAUAACGACAGCGUCAACGACAAACAGCAUUGUAUCGCAAUCACAGCAAUCAUCAUUUCCACAUUUACAACGUAGACGUUUAGCAACUGAACCUGGAAGUAUAGGGUCGAUAUCACCGAUACUAACAUCAUCAAAUUGUUCAUCACCAUUAGCAAUAUCACCGGAAAAUUAUAACGAUAACAUCACCAACAACAACAAUAAACAACCAACAGCUAUUGAUAAUUGUUUUUUGGAUAAUUUAUCCACAUCGGUACCAAGAUCACCAAGAUCACAAGCAAUGAGUCAUUCAAUUCAUCAUCGGUUUGUAUCGACAAUGAAAAUCAAUUCCAUACAAUGUAAUGUUUGUGAAAAACAAAUGUUUUUCGGUUUUAAAUGUCGUGAUUGUAAAUAUUAUUGUCAUCGUGAUUGUCAGGAUAAAGCACCGAAUUCUUGUGGUUUGCCAAAUGAAUUGGUCGAUAUUUUUAAACAAACAUUAAGUGAACAGGUUGGUGUCAGUGGUGGUAAUAGCCAUCAACAAACACGAUCAUCAUCACCAAAAAAUCAUCAUCAACAGCAGCAACAAUCAUCAAUAAUACCACAACGUGCAAAAAGUCAAAUGUCAAAUUAUUAUUAUUGUAGUAAUUCACAAAUGAAUCUUAUCGGUGGUGGUAAUGGUGGUUCAUCAUCAUCAAAUCCAUCAUCACCUGCAGCUGUUUUUCUUAAUCAUCACCAUAAUCAUCAGCAACAUAAUCAUCAAUAUCAAAUAUAUAAUAAUGGUGGUCAUCAAUCAUCAUCAUCAAAUAAUUCAUCGGCAACUAUAUCACCAACUGUUGGUCAACAAUUUCAAUAUUAUUCAACAACAAAUCAACAACAACAAAAAACACCCGGUAGUGCAAGUAAUAGUUCACAAUUUCAAUUUCCUCCCGAUAUUAAUAUACAAUCAACAAUGUCUAUUGAUUUUGAUGAUUCAUCAUCAUUAAUGGUAACCGAACAAUUUAAUAGUCCAAAUUCAUUAUCAUUAACAAAUGAUUUAAUGGAUAUUAAUGAUAUUGUACAAUCGAAUAAUUCAACCGCAGCAACUAUUUCGACUAUUCAUGAAGAGGAAGAAGCUAUUUUGACCGGAGGUGCUUCACGAACUUUAACAGCAUCUCCAACCAAUUCAUUGAAUAAUCAUCAACAAAAACAAUGUUCACCACAACAUAAUCAUCAAUCAUCAACAUUGAUUGAUAGUGAUAAAUCAAAUAAUUCAGCAUUGGUAACAAGUGGAUCAUCAGGUGAUUCAAUUCGUACCGUUACUGGUCGUUUAGAUUCACAAGAUUCAUCGGAUAUUGAUCAAAAUAAUAAUAAUAAUAAUAAUAAUCAAUGGCCAAGACAAAAUUCGGUUACAUCAAGGGAAUGGGAUAUACCAUAUGAUGAACUGAUUAUUGAAGAAGAAAUUGGUACCGGUCGUUCCGGUGCAGUUUUUCGUGGUAAAUGGCAUGGUAGUGUUGCUAUUAAACGUUUAAAUAUGGGCCAGUUGAAUAUGAAUGAAGAAAAAGCAUUCGAAUCAUUCAAACAAGAAGUGGCUAUUUUUCGUAAAACACGCCACGAUAAUCUUGUAUUGUUUAUGGGUGCCUGUAUGAAACCACCACAUUUGGCUAUUGUAACAUCCCUUUGUAAAGGACUGACAUUACAUACACAUAUCCACAUUAGACAUGAUAAAUUCAAUCUGAAUCGUACAAUUAUGAUUGCCGAACAAAUAUGUCUGGCAAUGGGUUAUCUACAUGCACGUGGUAUUAUACAUAAAGAUUUAAAAACAAAAAAUAUUUUCUAUGAAAAUGGUAAAGUUAUUAUAACGGAUUUUGGUUUGAGUUCGGUUGCAAAACUUUGUAUAUCAAAUCGACGCGGUGAUUGGCUUACCGUACCAAAAGGAUGGCUUUGUUAUUUAGCACCGGAAAUUAUUCGUACAUUAAAUGUUCAUUCACAAGAUGGUGGUGAUGAUUUACCAUUUUCAUUCUCUACGGAUAUCUAUGCAUUUGGAACCGUUUGGUUUGAAUUAUUAUUUGGAAAUUGGCCAUUUUCUGGCCAACCACCUGAAUGUAUUAUAUGGCAAGUUGGUAAAGGUAUUAAACAACCGAUUGUUAAUUUUCAAGCAUCUAAAGAGAUUAAGGAUCUUUUAUACACUUGUUGGGAAUUUCAUCCAGAAAGUCGACCUGAUUUUUGUAAACUUUAUGAUUAUAUUGAAAAAUUACCAAAAAAACGUUUACAACGUUCACCAUCACAUCCGGCACAUUUGCAACAUGCAUCCGAUGUACAGCAAACACGAUUGGAAGAUGUUCUGGAAAAAUAUAUUCCCGCUAAUGAAUUGAUGGAUGUUAAACGAAUUCUGUUUGGUGCCGAAACUCCAAUAUUGAACAUUUCGGAAAAAAUUUCCAAUCUUGCACGUGAACGUAAUUUCGAACUGCGUGGUUAUCGUUUUCCAUGUCCAAAAGAACAAUUAAGACCUUCGCGUAUUGUUCGUGUUGGUUUGAUUCAAAAUCAGAUAUGUCGUCCUACUAAUGAUCCUAUUGUCGACCAACGACAAUCAUUACAUAAUCGUAUUGCAGAAAUAUUAAAUGUAGCAAUGAUGUGUGGUGUAAAUGUUUGUUGUUUUCAAGAAUGUUGGACCAUGCCAUUUGCAUUCUGUACUCGUGAACGAAAACCAUGGUGUGAAUUUGCUGAAAAUGCUGAAAAUGGUCCGACUACAAAAUUUUUGAAAAAUUUGGCAGCCAAAUACAAUAUGGUAAUUGUAUCACCAAUAUUAGAACGUGAACAGAAUUCAGAUAUCAUAUGGAAUACAGCGGUUAUUAUUUCAAAUCAUGGACAGGUUUUGGGUAAAACCCGAAAAAAUCAUAUACCACGUGUUGGUGAUUUUAAUGAAUCAACUUAUUAUAUGGAAUCAACAUUGGGACAUCCAGUUUUUGAAACUGAUUUCGGUAAUAUUGCCGUAAAUAUUUGCUACGGUAGACAUCAUCCACAAAAUUGGAUGGCAUACGGUGUGAAUGGAGCGGAAUUAGUAUUCAAUCCAUCGGCUACUGUUGGUGAACUGUCCGAACCAUUAUGGUCGAUUGAAGCACGUAAUGCUGCUAUUGCAAAUUCAUAUUAUACAUUUGCUAUCAAUCGUAUUGGGACCGAAGUUUUUCCCAAUGAAUUUACAUCGGGUGAUGGACAAAAAGCACAUCGUGAUUUUGGACAUUUUUAUGGAUCAAGUUAUGCAUCAGCACCAAAUGGUUCACGUACACCUGGUUUAUCCAGAAUUAAUGAUGGUCUAUUGGUUGUUGAAUUAGAUCUUAAUCUUUGCCGCCAGGUUAAAGAUCAUUGGGGAUUUAGAAUGACACAACGUUUAGAUAUUUAUGGAAAAUUAUUUACUGAAGCAUCCAAACCAAAUUUUGAACCACAGCUUAUACGAAAUCCAAACAUUCAACACCAACAACAACAACAACAACAGGAACCAAUGAAAAAUUUGGAUAAAAAGACCAAUAGAUUGUGAUCAAUGGAUUGUUUUUCUGUUUUGCUUGUUUUUUGUUUAUUAUUUUGAUUAUUAUAAGAUUUAAAAGAUUAGUUGAUUAAAAGAGAUAAUUU